CUUUUAUCCCCGCCGACUUAUUCUGCUGUAUAUAUGACGUCACUAGUAUAGGUCGCGACACUCUGCUUUCAGUUACACUCGCAGUGAUCGAGGAAUCGUGACGUCGUCUAGGAAUUCAGGUGUAAAGACUCGACACAGUUCAACCGAAGAAUCUUCACCAUGUCGGAAUCCUUGGAGCAAAUGCCAAAAACUGAUACUAUGAGGAUGCGCGAGCGUUAUAUCGGACAAUCGUGCAAGCUGUUUUACAAGUCGAGUCCGUUGAAAAUCGUGAAGGCCGAGGGACAGUACAUGUACGACGAGAAAGGAAAUCGUUACCUGGACUGCAUAAACAACGUUGCGCAUGUCGGCCACUGCCAUCCGGACGUCGUGCAAGCCGGACAGAAACAAAUGGCCCUGCUGGCGACGAACAGCCGUUUCCUGCACGACAAUCUGGUGAUAUGCGCGAGCCGGUUGGCGUCGACGAUGCCGGAACCGCUGUCUGUCUGCUUCCUGGUAAACUCGGGCAGCGAGGCGAACGAUCUCGCUCUGCGGCUAGCUCAGGCGCACACGAACAACCGAGAUGUCAUCACGCUGGAUCACGCUUAUCAUGGGAGUUUGACCACGACGAUCGAUAUCUCGCCGUACAAGUUCAACCAGGCGAAAGGCAACGGCAAGAAGGACUGGGUGCACGUGGCUCCGUGUCCGGAUGUCUACCGCGGCAAGUAUCGCGUUACCGAUCACACGAGCGAAGACCUCGGUGUGAAAUACGCCAAGGACGUGGAAGAGAUUUGCAAGGGCAUCAAGGCGAUGGGACGCGGUGUUUGCGCGUACAUCGCGGAGAGCUUCAUAUCGGUCGGCGGGCAGAUCAUACCGCCGCAGAACUACUUCCGGAAUGUGUUCAAACACGUACGCGAAGCCGGAGGCGUUUGCAUCGCCGAUGAGGUGCAGGUUGGUUUUGGCAGAGUCGGCACUCACAUGUGGGCGUUUCAAAUAUACGGCGAGGAUGUGAUCCCGGACAUCGUCACCCUCGGCAAGCCGAUGGGCAAUGGUCAUCCGAUCGCGGCCGUCGUCACUACGCGCGAAAUCGCGAGUAGUUUCCGCGACACCGGCAUUGAAUACUUCAACACGUACGGUGGCAAUCCCGUGUCCUGCGCAGUGGCGAACGCGGUGAUGGAGGUGAUCGAACGUGAAAAUCUUCUGGAUAACGCGUCGAAGGUCGGCGGUCAUCUGAUCGCCGAACUGAAGAAGUUGGCGGAACGGCGGAGGAUUAUUGGCGAUGUGCGCGGCGUUGGCCUCUUCGUGGGCAUCGAGUUGGUGCGCGACAGGACCAAGAGGAUACCAGCGACGGCGGAGGCGCAACACGUCGUAUCCAGGAUGAAGGAGAAGAAGAUCCUCAUUAGCAGCGACGGCCCCGACAACAACGUUCUGAAACUGAAACCGCCGAUGGUCUUUACCAUUGAGAACGUCAAUCAUUUCGUGUCCGUUCUCGACGAAGUCCUCGAGGAAGUCGACAUUGGUUUUGAUGAGGAAACGGAACCCACUACAACUAUCAUCAAAGCGACGAUCUCGCCCAUAGAAGUGGACAGAGGCACAGUUAGCAAUGGGAAUCAUCUAAUCUCGUCCGCGCUAAUUAAAAAUAUACCGCUGUAAAUGCCGAGUUUUAAAAGUGUCAAAUCCGCAGUCGUUUCAUGCGAAAGUAUUAUUAUAAUUUAAUAUGAUUUGUUAUCAUUUAUUACAUUUUGUAUCCGUCCUCUGCCGAAAAUCUGUGUAAAUAAAAAUUAGAACUAGUUUAGCAGGCA